AUGGGGGGCGCAGUGGUGGAUGACGGCCCAGCAGGCGUCCCAGCCCCGGAUGGAGGCUGGGGCUGGGCCGUGCUCUUUGGCUGCUUUGUUAUCACCGGCUUCUCCUACGCCUUCCCCAAGGCCGUCAGCGUCUUCUUCAAGGAGCUCAUGAAGGAGUUUAACAUUGGCUACAGCGACACAGCCUGGAUCUCCUCCAUCCUACUGGCCAUGCUCUACGGCAGCGGGCCCCUGUGUAGUGUGUCUGUGAACCGAUUCGGCUGCCGGCCUGUCAUGCUUGUGGGCGGCCUCUUGGCGUCUCUGGGCAUGGUGGCCGCGUCCUUCUGCCGGAGCAUCAUCGAGGUUUACCUCACCACGGGGGUCAUUACUGGCCUGGGCCUGGCACUCAACUUCCAGCCUUCGCUCAUCAUGCUGAACCGUUACUUCAGCAAGCGCCGGCCACUGGCCAACGGGCUGGCUGCCGCGGGCAGCCCCGUGUUCCUAUGUGCCCUGUCCCCACUAGGCCAGCUGCUGCAGGACCACUACGGCUGGCGAGGCGGCUUCCUCAUCCUAGGGGGCCUUCUGCUCAACUGCUGCGUUUGCGCUGCGCUCAUGCGGCCGCUGAAGCCACCCCGGAUGCCAGGUGCUGAGCCGGGGCCCCGCCAGCCUGCGCCCCGCCAGCCUGCGCGGCGCCUGCUGGAUCUCAGCGUCUUCCGGGACCGCGGCUUUGUCAUCUAUGCGCUGGCUGCUUCCAUCAUGGUGCUCGGGCUCUUCGUACCGCCUGUGUUUGUCGUGAGCUAUGCCAAGGAUCUGGGCACGCCCGACACCAAGGCUGCCUUCCUGCUGACAGUGCUGGGUUUCAUUGACAUUUUUGCGAGGCCUACGGCCGGUCUCAUCACAGGGCUGCCGCGUGUUCGGCCCUACUCUGUCUACCUCUUCAGCUUUGCCAUGUUCUUCAACGGCAUCGCUGACCUGGCGGGCUCCACAGCCACUGACUAUGGCGGCCUGGUGGUCUUUUGCGUCUUCUUUGGCAUCUCCUACGGCAUGGUGGGCGCCCUGCAGUUCGAGGUGCUGAUGGCUAUCGUAGGCACCCAUAAGUUCUCCAGCGCCAUCGGGCUGGUGCUGCUGAUGGAGGCCAUGGCCGUGCUGGUCGGCCCACCCUCCGGGGGCAAGCUCCUGGAUGCCACACACGUCUACAAGUACGUGUUCAUCCUGGCGGGGGCGGAGGUACUCUGCUCGUCCCUCGUGCUGCUGCUGGGGAACAUCUUCUUCAGGGGACGCGGGUCUGCGGAGCCAACCGCCAGGGAGGUGGCCAAGGAAGAGCUGCCCCAGCCCCCCACGGAUGGCCCGGUGGACGCCCAUGAAGUGGAAGUCUUCCUGAAGGGAGAGCCCGAGAAGAAUGGGGAAGCCGUUCAGAACCCCGAGACGAGUGUCUGA